AUGAUGGUUCGUGUAUAUCGAGCUUGCUAAAUUAUUAUAUUCUCACUCCCCAAAACUAUGGUCAGGGAGUUCGUUUGAAAUUUAGUUUAGUAAGUUGGCCCAUUAUUUACAAAAGACCUGCCCAAAGUUUUUGAUUCCAAGACAAACAAUGGAGGAAGCGAUAGCCCUAGAUAGCAUUCAAGCGAUUGCUGCAAGUUUUGGUGCCUCGUUUGAUGCAGAAAAGAUUAUCGAUACCGUGCUUGAAAAGGAUGGUACAAGAUAUUAUAAAGUGAGAUGGGUUAAGUAUUCGUGGGAACCUGCAGCAAGUUUUACUCAUUUGGAACAUCUUAUUCGUGAAUUUUGGAAUCAAUUUGGCCAGACUCCUGAAACCUUACAAAAUGUUGCAAACAAGAGACAAAUCACGCCAAGUAAAAUCUCGCUUACCCAGGAAUUACCAACACAGGUGCAAUCGUCAACAGAUGAGCCAGGCAUAGCAUCAAUUCUUACGUCGAACCCCAUCGCCGAUAACAUAACACAAGUGCAAUCGGCAGACACAUUGCAGAUUCAACCUUCUGCUAUCCAAAUCCCAACCUCGUUUACUCAUUUGACAGCGUUAUCAGCUGCUGUAACACCACAACAUGUUGAGAUCAUGCCGCAAAUUCAACAGAUACCUUUGGCGGAACCAAUACAGCAAGCCUCACAAGGUUUAAAUGAUGGUAACCCGACUAUGAAGAUGAUUCCAGAUAAAAGAACGCGUGGUUCUGGCUCAACCAAGAAGCGACGAAAAAUACCUGGAAACUGUCCUAUUUGUGGGAAAUUUUUUAAGUCUACCACAAAUAUUGCAGCACACAAGAAGCUUCACACAGAAGAACGACAGUACCACUGUCAAGAAUGUGGGAAAAAGUUCCGACGGAAGUUGCAUUUAAGCCGUCAUCUGGAGUCGCAUGCCGGCAUCAAAAGUUUUGUCUGCGGUAUCUGUGGUGCAUCCUUUAGCAGUAAAUGGUACAUGCAGGCUCAUGCAGUUAUACACACGGGAGAUAAGCCUUUUGAGUGCGACACGUGUCAAAAGCGUUUCAACAACAAAGCUAAUUUAAAUAAACACAAACUCAUCCAUGCGAACAAACGGCCAUUUGUUUGUAAUAUAUGCGGCCACACCUAUCGUCAGAGUUACGAUUUGAAACGACACAUGACCACGCAUUCAGAAGCUAAAGACCAUGCUUGUGAACAAUGUGGAAAAACCUUUGCGCGUAGGACAUACCUCCAGAGACAUUUACUAACUCAUAAUGGAGAGAAAAAGUUUGCUUGCACGCUAUGCAACCGAAAGUUUUUCCAAAAAGGUCACUUAAACUUUCAUAUGAAACAACAUAAAGACAAAAUUCGGAUAAGCGAGACUAACAUGUCACAAAAAUCCGUUCUCUCAAAUAUAUCAGUAUUGAGUGUUCUGCAAAAAGUUAGUCAUCCACCUGUAAAUAAUAUAUCUCAUAUAAACAACCAAUCGCAGGGGAGAGAAUUAACUAAUUGUACUUCAGAAACAAGCACAGCCUCGUCGAAAAAUAGUGAUCAAGUAACUGAAAUGUUCGAAGGAGCAGUCGACGCACAAGACCGAUUAACAGGUGUACAUUCAAUCCACACUGGUGCAAUCUCAACUGAAAGCGAGUCUAGUCUGAUUACGCAAAAAGAGGGAAUCGUAACCGUCGUCGGUAAGAUUGAUCACGUGGAAGACGGAAAGAAAAAUGAGAACAACAUGAACGCGUCUUCUCCAACUAAUGGUCCUUCAACAAAAUCAGAAGAAACGUAUUUUACCGAACCGCAGAAUGGAAUAUUGGAGUUUUCCAAUUCCAAUCAAGUAGUGCAUAUGUAUUUAUCGUAAGUUAAAAUCGUAAAUAAAUAAAAUAUUUUCAAUAAUUUAUAUAUUUAUGGUUUUUUUUUUUGCGAUUUAAUAUGUAUUAUAAUUAAUAUAUCCUUGUCGGUUAGUCUAACGUACUAAUUUUUGCUAGUUUCGCAAAAUUCUGGAAAAAUAGUAAAUUCAGUGCCGUGACCGCCGGGAGGAGGGCACAUCCCCCCAUAAUUUUCCUACUAAAAAAAAGAGAGAGAGAGAAAGAAAGAAAGAGAGACAGUUUUAGUGUCAUUUCUCCAAAAAUUAGAUAACCCAAGAAAACUACUUUUAUUUCAAGUUAUAAAAGUUACAAAUGCUGUUAACGAACGAUGUCUUUCAGCUUUGAACCGCAUCAAAACUUACCUUCGAGCUACAACCACUGAUACACGGAUGGAUAAUCUGAUGGUAUUACAUAUUCACAAAUCAUACACUGAUAAUAUGAAGUAGCUAACAAAUUUAUUAAAAAGAGAAAAAGUCGUUCAGGAAUAUCCUUCCCAUAGAUCAUUAUUAUAAAAACCAUUGAAUGUUUUAGGGGGCUGGCAGCACAUUUUAAAAAGUCCAAAUGCGAUGUAAAUUUUCUAAAAAACGCCAGCACUCUUAAAAUUUCUAGUGUUCUUGUCAUCUUUUAUAUUGUUGUAAUCGUGUAAGGUUUCUGAUGAAAAUUUUUAUCUAAAUUUUGUAUCCAAUUAAACAACGCAGCUUUUCUAAACUACUGAAUUAUCGAAACAUUCAUUGUGAUUUUUAAGAAUGAACCAUGAGUUCAUUUUUAGCCAAUCUAGGAAUGUAAAAUUUAAAAAUGUCCCACUCUUAGGCUUAGGCUUAUAAAUAUGUCAGUCAAUGAGUGUUCAUAUAGAUAAAAAAUAAUAUAUACAAUAUAAUAAAUCUUGUAAUAAAUAAUGAUAAUAU